CCAGCGGCAGCACCAGCGCCGCCAUCGGGCUCUCGCAAUGCAGCUCGGCGGAGAUCCCCGCCAUUUUCGAGGAGGACUUCAUCUUCCAGACGGGCUCCGUGGCCUGGGAGGACGGCGACGUCGCCGAGAAGUGUGCCGUUCUGCUGUCCCCUCUAUCGUCCCUGGGCCGGAACGACAGCGCGGCGGCGCGGCUCUUCGUCCUCGCGGACGCCGAGACGGAGCGAGACGAGGCCAUUUGCUUCGGCAUCCUCUCUGCGCAAGGCUCUGCUUCGGCGACGGCCUCAGCGACGCAGCAUGUUUCCGACGUAUCGUCCGCUGCAAGCUGCACGCUGCACGCAUGCAGGAAGCUGCAAAGCAGCGAUCUAGUGCCAUUCAUGCGACACUGCGACACCUUGUGUGCCUCUCAGGUGACUUCUUUGCGGGAUGGGGAUUUCAGCGAGACGAUGACCUUGCUGCUGCAGGACCAGGGGGCAGACGGAGGCCCAGCACAAGAGCCCUGCCCGCGCGGCCAAGCUUGCCGUCUGCAGCUCCAGAACAGCGACCUGGUGCGGCAAGCUGCGUCAAAGGCCUGGGCAGCGGACAGAACGCCAGUGCUGAUCCUGGCAAGCUCCUGCAACGGCUGUGGGCAGCUGGACCACGGCCCUACGAAUGCCUUCCUGGCACAGUCGACCCUGUCGCAGAUGUACGAUGUGGACUUCCUGAACUUUGAGGCUGUGCCUGGCCGCUACCUGGUGUGCCUUUGUGAUACGCUCCGCCCCUUGAAUGUCACAGGCACGUUGCCACGUCGGCAGAGUGAGAGCGAGGCGAGUGGCAAGGCCGGCAUGGCGGUUGCUAGCGUGCUGAUCGAGGGUGUGAGUGACGGCCAGCAGGCGACGUGCUUCCGUGGCCAGGCUUGUGAGCUGCCAACCCUCACUGGCACGGGCCUGCGGCCGGGCGACGCCGUCGCCGUUCAACAGUCUUGCGGGGAAGCUGCCGUUUUGGACGGCCUGCCAGCCAGCGGCAUUGCGACGGACAGGCUGGGCACCGGAAGCUACACGUUUGGCCCGGGCGAGAACGUCCUCCUCAGCGCGCCCGGGGGGCCCAGCAACUGCAGCUCCGGCACGGACUUCAACACGCAGGUCGGCUUUUUCCGAGUGCACGGACCACUGAGCAGCGGCCGCUUCUUGUGCACUGUGAAUUCAUCGUGCCGCUUGGAGAACGUCGCUGGUGUUGGUCUGAUGCCACAAGACAAGGUCAUCGUAUCACGUAGUUGCUCCAAUACCACCCUGGAGAUGGGUGCUUUCAAUUCCGUCUCCAGCACACCAGACGCGGGCUCCUACAACCUCGGAGUCCUGGACGCAUCAACGGAAGUUUGGCACGAGCUGGAGGUCGGUCAGCUAACCGUGCAAUGCCCGUUGGAUUCCUACUGGCCCACGGGGGCGGCUGGAGCCCCGGAGCCUUGGGGGAGCUGCGAGGUCUGCCGGGAUUUUCAGAAGACCCUUGCCACAGCAGCCGUUGGCAAGGCGUCUUGUGUUUGCAAGACCAAAAGCGAGGAUGAUUUGGACUUCCAGGAGACCCAAGACGGCAACUGCGGCUGCCAGGACUCCUUCUUCUGGAACGAGGCUGAGUCCAGAUGCCAGGCAUGCACGGAUGGGCAGAACUGCCAGUGGAACAACGUCUUCGCGAACAGCUUGCACCCGCCUGAGCUCCAACCCGGCUUUUGGGCAGAGCCAGCAGCCGAGCCCUUCAGAGGCCACUCGGUGUACAGGUGCUUCAACACCAUCACCUGCCCUUCCACCAACAGUGCUUGUGCCCCGGGCCGCCACGGCAAAGCUUGCAGCCUGUGCCUCCCUGGCCACUUCGGAUCGCACGACGAGCCCUGCAGCAGCUGCGGCGACACGACAUUUGGAGACAACCGCUUGUUCUUCGCUGCUUUUGCGAUCCCGGGAGUGCUGUGCGUCACUCUGCUCGCACACAUCCUGUUCCAGCUCACUUCGGGGCACAGUUCAUGUGCCUCGCUGGGAGCCUCCCACUUCCGAACUGCACUUGGCCAGAACUUCCGCUGCAUGCAGCUGAUCAGCGUAGUGUCAUUCUUUGGUGUCUACUGGCCGACCAUACUUACUUCCCUUUGGGAUGCGAUCCGUGCGUUGACAUCAGAUUUGGUGCGUAUCCCGAGCUUGGGCUGCAUGCUGCCUCACACGCCCUUCGCUGAAAUGAUAUGCACCUACGCAAUUCCGAUUGUUUUGAUUUUGUCUGCGCUUGCUUGGCCCUUGCUUUCCUGGUUGCUGCGAGAGACGUUGAGCAAAGUCGGCCCUAGUUCGGCGAACAUAAACGGGAAAUGGGCGGUGAAGAUGCUGGACGUGCUGAAGAUGGUUGUUUGGGUGUCUGCGCUCUUUUUCAACACCUUGAUUCAGAAAGGCUUCUUGGUCUUUACCUGCGUACGGAGCCCCAACGGAGUUCAAACCGUGGUGGUCUACCCUCAAGUCGAGUGCCCCAGUGGCACCUCGGCUCCAAGUUCCGAGUGGCUGGAGUUGCUUCCCUUCGCGAUCGUGUAUUGUGCCGUGGUCGGCUUCGGCCUGGUCGGGGCUGUGACCCAUGGUGCAAGGCAGAUGACGCGAUGCAUGGUGGCAUCCAAGAUGCAAGACCGAGGGCCUUGGGAUUUCCUGGCUACGGAAUACAGAGAUGCCUACGUCUGGUGGCUGGCAGUGGUGCUGCUCAAAGAUUUGUCGGUGAACAUUGGUGCAGCAGUUUUCACAAGCAUUGGGUCCUGGCAGCUUCUCGCAACUGCCAUGAUUCAGGGUUUCUAUGGCUAUGUAUGUUGGACACGCCAUCCCUACAGAAAUCGACUGAACAACUUGCUUGAGGUGUGGUGCUCUUUGACUGUCGUGGGGCUAAGCCUCUGGGCAGCCGGCAUGGGCUUCCCAAUGGAUAUCCACGGUUUCGCGUUGCGGGAGCAGGAUGAUGCCAACUUCCAGUCAUCGACGCUCUGCGGAUUCCAGGUGAUCUCCGCCCUGGUCGCUUUGAGCCUGAUGCUCCUAACUCCGCUACAGCGGUUUCAGUCGCAACAUCGCCCCGAAAGCGAACUGGUGAAUGGCAUCAUUGAUCUUCCCAUCAAGGAGGAUGAUUUGAAGGCCAUGGACGCUGUGGAUUUGCAAGAGACGAUGCUUGUCUUCCGGAGGGUGCGAGCAGGCUCUCGUCCUGGUUCGGAGCCCUUAGGCUCGAGGUCAGAGCCCGGUGUCGAUCUCAAGACUCAACUGGACAUGAUUAUCCGGGAGGUUGUCGGCACCGUGCACCAAGUUUGCGCGACCUGCUGCACCCUUUUUUGCGGCUAUGGCAGGCUGCUUGACACGGGAGCCGUCAGAUUGAUUCAGGCGUCGAAAACGCUAUGCUGCCCAAAAAGUCCGUGUGGUGCCGUCGUCAGAGCGCGUGUGCGCGAGCAGCUGCAUCACCGUCGUCACUGUUUCACCAAAGACAGAGCAGAGCUGAAGUACACUGCUAGCUGGAUAUGCCGCUCACAUACCGAGUCUCUUGUGACUGCGGCUGCAGCCUUCUCAAGAAGCGGCCCAAUGAGUUUCUUCAGCACAUGGACCGGAUUCGUGCUCUUGUUUUAUGCGGCCGAUGGAUCCUGUGUUGAGGACAUAAACUGGUUCGAUGCCACUCUGGCUUAUUGUGACCAGUAUGCGUCGCUUUCCUACUGCACAACAGACGGAAGCUACGGCAUCGGCCAUUCGGCGGAGCUUGGGAGCUUCAGCGAGAGGGCCCAUCCCUGGGACCAAAGCACAGCCUUGGAUGCUUGCUGCAGCUGUGGUGGCGGUGUGAGCUGUGAGGUUGUGCCAGGGUGGCAAGAUGCAGCUGGAAAUGGCUGCGAUCACUAUCAGGAUUGGUGCACUUCGGGUGCCGGGUAUGGACAGGGACAAAAGCCCUGGGCCGAAGUCAAGGAAUUUCUUGGCACUUGUUGCGCCUGUGGCUUUCCUGCCUUCAUGCCAGAUUUGAAGUGUGCUGAUGCAUACAUGGAGACUCAAGAGCAGCUGCUGGAAUUUGCGAAGCAGAACUGCACGUCCGUCAAGCCAGUACUCUUCUUGUUCCGUGAUGUCAGCGAUGCAAGGCCUCUUCAGCACUUGAGAGCCGUGCAGAAUCUGCGCAUUGAAGCGACCACGUCGCUGGUGACCUUGCAGGGCCUCGAAGGUUUGCAUGUCACGAGGCAGCUGCAGUUUGGAUGGAACGGCGGGCUGCAGAGCCUAAGUGCCCUCGGCAGCCUCCAUCCGCAGAAUCUCCAGUGGGUUGAGAUCGAGGGGAACGGUGGGCUGGUCGACCUAUUGGGCUUGGAGGGCCUUGUGGAGGUGGGAAACCUGGAGAUCAAGGAGAACAACAAACUCACCUCUUUGGCCGCGCUCGGUUCCUUGAGGAAGGUUGCAUGGCUGAGGCUCGAGAUUAACGGCAAGCUCAGAUCUCUACAUGGUUUGGAAGGACUCUCCGAGGUGACAGGCACUUUUCGCAGAGGGCCGCAUCUCACCAAGGCCAGUCUUGAAAUCUUCGACAUGCCAGUGCUGGAGUCCGUUGGCGCCCUGCUUUCGAGUUUGAAUGGCUUCUUGGACGUCACACGUGUCUGUACGGGCAGCUGCAACACCGCCGUCGAUUUAAGUCAAGUUGGCCACGGCCCCUGGGAGGAGGCGUUUGCCAGGGGCUUCUGCUUUCCGGCGGAGGAGCGGGCGGCCUUCCUUGAGAUGAUUGGGCCACUGAACUACGCGAUCCCGGACGCGAGCUGGCCGGCGACCUGCCAGUACUGCCCGCAAGACUGCGGCACCCUCCCGAGUGGCUAUGCGGUGCAGUGCGACUACGAGGUCGGUCGCUGUGGCUGUCCAUUGGGCAGCGUGGGGCCGAACUGCACACUGGCGGCACCAGUGGUGCGCUUGGUUCCCGGACAAUCGCAGCAGUGCCUGAGGCCUCGCCUACCCCCAGGCCAGGCAGAGAUAUGUGCCGUCUGCGUGGACGUGGUCGCGGAGAGCUACCCGACGGACAUGCUGGAGCCACCCAGCUCCUUCCUGCUGCAGGCACUGGGCGGGGACGGCGCAAAUGGGGCCGGCUAUCUGCAGGCCGCGCCGCAGCAGGUGUCGUGGCAGAACGCCAGCGCUGGGCAGAUGUGCGUGAACAUUUCCGUGAGCGCCAGCGAGGUCUCCGCGGGCACCGAGAGGAUCGAGCUGGGCUUGGGAUACUCCGGGUUCGCGCAGGACUGCCUUCUGCCGGGGACCUUGCGGAGCCCACGGCGGAACCCCACAGAGCCCUUCUUCCCCUGGUGCUUGGAUUCGGGGGACUGCAGCAGGUCAAGCCCAGAUGCCGGCACAGGGAUCAACUACGACUUCCAGGAAGCGGUCGUCUCUUGGCCACACCUCGAUGCCACUCCUAAGUCCAUUGCCUUAAACCUCCCGGACAACAGCAUCGCAGAGGCGGGCGUCAUCCUGACCCUCCGCAUGCGGUCCGGCGCCGUCGGCGCUGGAGCGCAGAUCCAGAUCCAGAUCGCUGACAACGGCGACGGGGGCCACUUGGGUUUCACCUCGCAGCGAGUCACCCGCCCAGAGACGGACGUCCCAGAGGAGAACGAGACGUGCCUCGUGCAUGUGAGGCGGAGGGGCGGAGCCAGCGGCAGCACCAGCGCCGCCAUCGGGCUCUCGCAGUGCAGCUCGGCGGAGAUCCCCGCCAUUUUGGAGGAGGACUUCAUCUUCCAGACGGGCUCCGUGGCCUGGGAGGACGCCGACGUCGCCGAGAAGUGUGCCGUUCUGCUGUCCCCUCUAUCGUCCCUGGGCCGGAACGACAGCGCGGCGGCGCGGCUCUUCGUCCUCGCGGACGCCGAGACGGAGCGAGACGAGGCCAUUUGCUUCGGCAUCCUCUCUGCGCAAGGCUCUGCUUCGGCGACGGCCUCAGUGACACAGCAUGUGACAUCUUUGCGGGAUGGGGAUUUCAGCGAGACGAUGACCUUGCUGCUGCAGGACCAGGGGGCAGACGGAGGCCCAGCACAAGAGCCCUGCCCGCGCGGCCAAGCCUGCCGUCUGCAGCUCCAGAACAGCGACCUGGUGCGACAAGCUGCGUCAAAGGCCUGGGCAGCGGACAGAACGCCAGUGCUGAUCCUGGCAAGCUCCUGCAACGGCUGUGGGCAGCUGGACCACGGCCCUAGGAAUGCCUUCCUGGCACAGUCGACCCUGUCGCAGAUGUACGAUGUGGACUUCCUGGACUUUGAGGCUGUGCCUGGCCGCUACCUGGUGUGCCUUUGUGAUACGCUCCGCCCCUUGAAUGCCACAGGCACGUUGCCACGUCGGCAGAGUGAGAGUGAGGCGAGUGGGAAGGCCGGCAUGGCGGUUGCUAGCGUGCUGAUCGAGGGUGUGAGUGACGGCCAGCAGGCGACGUGCUUCCGUGGCCAGGCUUGUGAGCUGCCAACCCUCACUGGCACAGGCCUGCGGCCGGGCGACGCCGUCGCCGUUCAACAGUCUUGCGGGGAAGCUGCCUUUUUGGACGGCCUGCCAGCCAGCGGCAUUGCGACGGACAGGCUGGGCACCGGAAGCUACACCUUUGGCCCGGGCGAGAACGUCCUCCUCAGCGCGCCCGGGGUCUACAGCCUUUGCUUCUGCCGGCCAGGGCCCAGCAACUGCAGCUUCGGCACGGACUUCAAUGCCAGGAUUGGUAUCUUCAGAGUGCAAGGACCGAUAACUACCACCCAAUUCGCCUGCACUAUGAACUCGUCCUGCGAAGUGAACCUCGCCGGCAUUGGCUUGAUGCCACAGGACAAGGUCAUCGUGUCGCGCGACUGCUCCAACCUCAGCUACAGCGAUCUUCAUCCACUGGGUUCCUUCAACGCCGUUGCCAGCACGCCUGAUGCCUCUUCCUACUAUUUGGGAUCAUUGGACCUCUCACAGGAAGUUUGGCACGACCUGGAGGGCAGCUGCCGGCACACUUGGCCUGAGCUGUCCUUUGGAUUCCUACUGGCCCACGGGGGCGGCUGGAGCCCCGGAGCCUUGGGGGAGCUGCGAGGUCUGCCGGGAUUUCAGAAGACCCUUGCCGCAGCAGCCGUUGGCAAGGCGUCUUGUGUUUGCAAGACCAAAAGCGAGGAUGAUUUGGACUUCCAGGAGACCCAAGACGGCAACUGCGGCUGCCAGGACUCCUUCUUCUGGAACGAGGCUGAGUCCAGAUGCCAGGCAUGCACGGAUGGGCAGAACUGCCAGUGGAACAACGUCUUCGCGAACAGCUUGCACCCGCCUGAGCUCCAACCCGGCUUUUGGGCAGAGCCAGCAGCCGAGCCCUUCAGAGGCCACUCGGUGUACAGGUGCUUCAACACCAUCACCUGCCCUUCCACCAACAGUGCUUGUGCCCCGGGCCGCCACGGCAAAGCUUGCAGCCUGUGCUUCCCUGGCCACUUCGGAUCGCACGACGAGCCCUGCAGCAGCUGCGGCGACUCCACUCCAGAAGAGAACAGGCUGCAAUUCGCAGCUGUGUUUGUGCCCGCCUCUCUUCUCGUGACCUUGCUGGCGCACCUCGCCUUUCGCCGGAGCUCCCAGCAGGCCAAAGUCAAGGCCAGUGGAAUCCUGACGCCUCUAAUCACAUCGCUGGAGCCGCUCCGGACCGCCUUCGGACAGGUCUUCCAGUACAUGCAGCUGAUGAGUGUGGUGUCCUUCUUCGAGGUGCGCUGGCCGUCGCUUCUGCAGUCACUCUGGGAUGCGAUCCGAUCUUUCACCACCAAUCUGUUGUCCAUCCCGAACCUCGGCUGCAUGACUUCACAGCAGAGCGCUUUGACGACAAUGUCUUGCACCUAUGCACUGCCCUUUGUGCUGAUCCUCAUCUCCUUGAGCUGGUCCGGCAUCACGUGGCUCUUGAGUGCCAUUCUGGCAGAGUUGCCCGGUGAACAUGCCCAGUCUUGGAAAGGAAACGUGCGCAUACCCGUCCGCGAGAUCAUGAAGAUGGUUGUUUGGGUGACGGCGCUCUUCUUCAACACGCUCCUUCAGAAGGGCUUCCUUAUGUUCACUUGCACGAGGGGUCCCAACGGCGUCCCGACUGUCGUUGCCUACCCCCACAUUGAGUGCCCAGGUGGGUCUUCUGCGAGCCAGGAGUGGCUGGAGAUUUUUCCGAUUGCCGUGAUCUAUUGCUGCGUCCUUUGUGUAGCUUGA